AUGGCAAGCUUCACGGCACAUGGUGCUGCUUCGAUUUACGCAUGUGACAGAACAGCCAGCACGGAUAGCUUCAGUGGCUUGCUAGAAGCUGUCGGAAAGGACUAUCCGAAGACUAAGAUUAUCCCAUAUCCAUUCAAUGUCUCCAAUCAAGAAGAAACGCUGGUUCUCAUCGAUGAGGCACUCAACGCCUUCGGAAGGCUAGAUGUGUGGGUUUGCUCCUCAGGCUUGCUUGGACCACCAUCAAUUCAAGAGACAACCCCAGAAGACCUUCAAAAGUGUUUCGAGGCCCAUUCAUUGGCGCCCUUCUUCGCGCUCAAGUUUGCGCCACCGGCCAUGGCAAAGCUGACCGAGAAGAAGUCGUACCCGAAUGCAGCUCCGAAGGCACAGAAGUAUGGGAGCAUCAUCGUGAUCAGCAGCGUAGCGUCUACAUAUGGGGGAUGUUGGGGCCCCUGCUACACAAUGACUGCACAUGCAGGCCUUGGAGUCGUCCGGGCGGGUGUGCCCGUUCUGAAGGGCACGGGAGUCCGCAUCAACUGCAUAUCGCCUGGGCAGAUUGAUAUCGGGGUGGAUCUCAAAGGUUUUGACAUGCGCGGAAUGACAUCCCAGUUCCCUCCAGCUGCUCUGCAAACCAAAGAGAUGCGCGAAAACACCAUUGGCCUAGAACGGCCUGGGCACCCAGAAGAGGUCGCGCGUGUUGCUGGAUUUCUAGCAAGCGGCUUCUCAUCAUACGUGACCGGUGCAAACAUCGUUGUAGACGGAGGCGCCUCCUUCUUCACAUUUAUUGAGCCCUAUUUCUCUCAGCUUCUUCAUUUCAAGACUACACUUUUCAAGAUGCCGCCCACAGUCCAGUAUCUAAAUAGCACGAACACGCAGCAUGUUGAGUCGACAUGUGAGACAUUCGGCUUGACGUCAGAGGAGUUCCACGCCCUCAAAAGGCACAGCGUUGCCGCCAAAGAGACGGCAUACUGCCCGUACAGUCGGUUCCGGGUUGGCGCCGUGAUCCUCACCAAGCUCGGCGGUUACAUCAGUGGGGCUAACGUCGAGAACGCUUCCUACCCGGUUGGAACCUGCGCCGAGCGCGUAGCCUUUGGAAAGGCUGUUACGGAGGGCCACAAAGAUUUCAAAGCACUUGCCGUAGCCACGGACAUUGCGCCGGCGGCGAGCCCCUGCGGCAUGUGCAGGCAAUUUAUUCGCGAGUUUUGUACGCAAGAUAUGCCAAUCCUCAUGUUCGACAAGAACGGAGACUACGCUAUUCUGCGGCUCGAAGAUAUACUUCCGUUGUCAUUUGGACCUGACCAGCUUCAUCCGCCACCGGCGCCAUUCGCACCUGUUGCAUAG